CUUUCUCGUAAUUUCAUUUUCAAUCAAACGACGCAGCGAAGAAGAAAUAUGAAUCCUCCUCACGACGCAAAGCAACGACCAUCACUAUACCCCGAAAUCGACCAAUCCAUCCCCGAUAACCCCUUCGCUCCCACCAAUCCUUCCCCUAACCUCUACCCUCCCGUCGACUCAUCCUCCAACAACCAACCACCAUCCGCUCCCCCACAAGCCAUCGAAGAGACUCUCAUCCGCGUCCCCGGCGCAAUCCUCAACCUAAUCGACAAAUCCUACAGCGUGGAGCUCGCGUGCGGCGACCUCACCAUCCUCCGCAUCGUCCAAGGCCCCAACAUCGUCGCCGUCCUCGCCAACGUCGCCGACGAGAUCCAAUGGCCGUUAACGAAAAGCGAAAUCGCCACGAAAGUCGACGGAUCGCAUUACUUCUUCUCCAUCCACCCGCCGAAAGAAUCCGGAUCCGGAUCCGAUGAUGAGAUUUUGAAUUACGGAUUGACAAUCGCCUCCAAAGGUCAAGAGGAUGUUUUGCUUAGCCUUGAUCAGGUUCUUAGGGAUUAUUGCUGUUUCGCGGAGCAGAGGAUGUCGGAGAGGGCGAAAGGGGAAGAGGUUUUGGGAAGCUCCAUGGCUGCGGCGACGUCGCCGGAGGAGUUGAAGGGGGAGAGGAAGGAGGUUGUGGAGGGGCAGUGUGCGGCGUAUUGGACUACGCUUGCGCCUAAUAUUGAGGAUUAUAGUAGUAAGAGUGCGAAGAUGAUAGCGUCUGGGUCGGGGCAUGUGAUUAGAGGGAUUCUUUGGUGUGGGGAUGUUACUGUGGAGAGGCUUAAGAGAGGGAAUGAGGUUAUGAAGAGUAGGUUGAGUCGUGCUGAGAAGGAGAAAGAUGUUAGUCCUGAGACCUUGAGGAGAAUCAAGAGGGUUAAGAGAGUGACACAGAUGACGGAGAAAGUGGCGACUGGUGUUCUUUCUGGUGUUGUCAAAGUCUCGGGACUUAUCACUGGUUCACUGGCAAACUCAAAAGCUGGAAAGAAGUUUUUUGGACUCUUGCCUGGAGAGAUCAUUCUUGCAUCCCUCGAUGGAUUUAGCAAGAUCUGUGAUGCUGUUGAAGUGGCUGGAAAAAACGUCAUGUCGACUUCAUCAACUGUCACAACGGAACUCGUCGAUCACAAGUACGGAACAAAAGCAGCCGAGGCUACUAACGAAGGACUAGACGCAGCAGGACACGCUUUUGGAACCGCAUGGGUUGCUUUCAAGAUCCGUAAGGCACUUAACCCCAAAAGUGUGUUAAAGCCUUCAACAUUAGCCAAGUCGGCUGUCUCUGAUUUAAAGGCUAAGAAAGGCUCCAAGUAACAGCCGAACUGGAAAAGUAUGUAUUUGAAGUAUUCAACUAUUCAUACUUGCAUUAUUUAGUUUAUCUUUUUGGAAAAUUGUAUGAGAAUUUAACAAUGCAUUCUGCAUUUUUCCUGUAUAUAUUGUGAUUCUAUGUAAAACUAUGUACAAACAGUUUCUUCUUACUUUCUC